UAAUGCUCAAGCCGCUGUCGCUGUACACCCAAUGGCAUAGCCGUGGCAAUGUUCCAUGUUUGAAGGGGCUGCUCUAAGGAAGGGGCGGAGUGUAGUCCGUCUUUCAACCCUCCUCCCUAUCCCUCUCUCGUUCUCUUUACCUCUCGCUCUCUCGGUUUUGAUGUCAUCGCUUUGAGUAUCCCGCCAGCCAUAUAGUUGGUAAUCCAUGGUCGACAUUUGAUUUGAGGCCUGUUCGCUAGCUCAUCUUUUCAUCGCUCCUGGCCGAACCGUCCGACGGAGAGGUCACACCGUCAGUCCCUUCUUCAAACAAACAGCAGUAGCUCAUUCUUUUCGAAUAGUGAGGCUAUAUUGGCAAGAUUUCUUAUGAAUCAUGGUGAUGUCAUUGGUACAACAAUUCAGUCUUCAGCAAUAUCUACUUUCUGUCUUCAUUCUUUCAUUCACGUGCCAUUGUGGUGUCAUUUCUUGGAUUUGUUUGGGGUCAUGGUAUGUGUGGGCACCACGAUUCGCUGUAGAGUCUGUACUGGAAGUGCCUCUCUGUGUGAGUUCGGGGUCGGAGAACUCUGGAGCCCCAGUCCCAGAGGGAUUGUGAUACUGGCGUGGCAUCACGCAGUUCAGCUGUCAUGAGUUGGUGAUGCAGGACUGAACUACCUCUGCUGCUGCUACUGCCAACGAUGCCUCCGUCAAACUAUGUAUACUUUGUCGUUGUGGGCGGUCGUUUGCCGUGGCGGCUUCUUUCGAGGUUGACGCCACGUUUGUGCUUAUGUUGACCCUGUGGCUCUGACACAAGUAACGGUAUUGAAGGUAUGGUCUUUGGGAGAGCAGACAUUCCAAUAGUUGUGAUCACCCCCUUUCUGAAUCAGUGCCAACGAUGAUUCUGGCAGGGGCUACGUUUGCGAUCCAGUGUAUACUGGGCAACAAACAUUUGGGAUACGCGCGCGCGCUUGGGGUUGUAAUAUGUGUUGCAGGGAAGGCCGAUACCCUUAUUCGGUAAAGGAAUCAUCUGGCACGGCUUGCCACAGGCCAAUGCUGUGGGGGCGAUGGUGCCUGGCAGUUUGGCUUAGUGCAGCGGGGCUACAACCUGCAGGUGGGCUGAUUGCGUCGAAGCCAUCAGCUGCCACGACAGCGCAGGCAGCAGCGCAGGCCGUCGACGCGGGCGGCGGGGGGGUCGAGGUUGCGGCCGAGUCGGAUGCGCCAGUCGCGAGCCUCCUCUCCUGGUACAAGGCGGAGGCGUCCUCCCUUCGCGAGUGCGGGCGGGUGCUCGGCAUGCCGAAGUUCGCCUGGGCGGUAGUGUGCGACGUGCUGGCGGUUCUGCUCGUCCUCGUCUGCGUCCCGCUCCUGGUCGGCUGCUCGCGGAGAAGGCCCCCUGGAUCGCCCAUGUUCGACUUCAGCGGAAUCAGCGCGCACUGCCCCAAGCUGCCGCCUGCGGGCAUCUCGGCACCGCGCUCCCCGUGAGCGGAGUGGCGCCGCUCGGAGUGGCGUGCGGGACCGCCGUCCGAGCGGCACCCCGGCGGGCGCAGUGCGCUGCGGCGCCGAGAA